UUUUGCGUGAUUAUGAUACAUUUGUGCUGUAUUGGGUAAUAAGGUGACGUCGAUAGUUGUUAAUAGUUUCGUAUUUUAGCCACAUCGGGCAGAGAAAAAAACAACAACAAUCAAAAUUUAGUUUAUCAAACAAUUCGAACUCGGCGAGUACUUUUUCCUUGUAGAUGUCGUUGCACAGCUUAGAUCACAAUAAAACUGAAACGGAAUUUGCGUUGGUUAGUCAGAAAGACUACCAAGCCACCAGUAAAGAACUGGACGAGGAUAGUAGAGUGCUAAAUGGGGACAUUAAUGAAACCUUUCUACUCCCACUCCACGAAAACCCUUCCCAUUGCUCACCUUUCUUGGCUAUUUACAGGUGCGCGCUUUGUGCGGGUAAUAGUAUUAGGAGAUGUCUUAACAUUCUCAGCUCGCGUGUGCACCAUCGGAAUCACCUCAUGAACGAGAUCAAACCUCUUGAUGACGAUAGUGCCAACGCUUUCCCGGAUAAUACUGUUUCGAAUACUCACUACAGCAUCCACACCUUUCUGUUUCUAAACCUCUACGAGCAGUUUCGACGACCUCUUAACUUCUAUUUUCUUCUCGUAGCGGCGUUGCAGUUUAUCCCGAGCAUCGCCCCCGUGAGCCCGUUAUCGACGCUCAUCCCGAUCCUUUUCGCGUUUACGUUAACCGCGAUAAAGGAAGGUUGCGAUGACGUCGAGCGCUAUCGACAUGAUUGCAAAUAUAACGCGCGGUUGCGAUUAGUUCUCGAUAAAUUCUCAGGGCAGUGGUGCUACAAAAAAAACGCCUCUAUUCGGGUUGGCGAUGUUAUUAUGUUACAGAGGAACGAAGAUAUCCCGUGUGAUGUAGUUGCCAUCGCCUCGAGCGCGCCGAAUAUUUACAUUCGAACUGAUAAUCUAGACGGGGAGAUUGAUCUGAAGCUACGUGAGGUUGUUACACCGCCUAUGGUGGUAUCCUCCGCCGCCAAUGCGAGAGUAGAAGCAAACGGAGGGGGGGGUUAUUUCCCAGACAACCCUUCUCGCACGCGAACGACGUUUAUUUCCAUGGAUGACAGCGUCAGCCUGCUUCAACAAAAAUUAGCCUGCCUGACAUUGACGUAUCCGCCGCCGAAUUCUACCAUUGAUUCGUUUGAUGGAAUGGCGGUUUUCGACCUCCGAAAAGUGUCUCGCGCAGCCAACGAUCUGCUAGCGCGCGGCGAGGAGUCGGCCGUCAAGUUUAGCGAUGAGGUUCACUCUGUCUCCCUAUCCCAUUCGCACCUCUUACCUCAGUUUUGCCUUCUUAAAAACACCGAUAGGAUCAUCGCGGUGGCGGUUUACACCGGCAACAACACCAAGUGCGGGAUGAACAAGCGAAAAACUCCAGUGAAGUGGGCAAGGAUUGAUCAAGACGUCAAUCGAUAUGCGAUGCUUAUUUUUCUGUUCCAAAUUAGUGUAUCCAUAGCCUUCGGCGCCAUCGCGAUGCAUAAAAACGAGAAUCUAGAGCAGCGGGUGUGGUAUUUACCACUUCAACGUGAUUCGAUGCCUUCCUUAUUUAUUGUAUACACGAUGCGUUUUUUUCUUCUGACGUCGGUUAUGAUACCGUUGUCGUUUAAGCUGGUGGUGGAUAUGAGCAAGUACUACAUGUCAAAGAUGGUGGCGUGGGAUAAGGUGAUGACGCACUCCGGAGUCGGCCCCAACGGCGACCGCGACGUGGGGUGCAGCGUGAAGAACUCGAGCAUCCUAGAAGACCUCGGCCAGGUCAACUACGUUCUCUCCGACAAAACCGGCACCCUCACGCAGAACGUCAUGACCCUCGCCCACGUCACCGUCGCGCCGGACCACCAAAUCUCCCUCGCCCAUCUCGACCUCCCAGGGGACGUCUGUGCGGCGGGCCGGCCGGGCGCGCGCCUCCCAGUGGAGUCCCCGGCCCUGGGCGGGCCCGCCACGGUGGCCGGGCGCGCGGAGGUCAUCCGCUGUGCCAGUGCGAUGGCGCUCUGCACCUCGGUGGAGGUCGUGCCCGUCCGGCGGCCCGUCAUGGAGGCCGCACCCGCGCGUCACAGCUCCUCGACCUCUCCCAGCCUCUCCACCUGUGCCAGCCCCUCCGUGUGUCGCAACCCGUCGGCGUACCCCUCCGUGGACCGCAGCCACGUCCUGCAGUUCACCUACCAGGCCGUCUCCCCUGACGAGGUCGCGCUCUGCUGCGGCGCGGCGAAACUUGGGGUAACGUUGCAGCGCCGGACCCCACACGAGGCGGUCCUCCGCGUCGCGGGGGAGGAUCACCGGUAUCGGAUCCACCAUGUCUUUCCCUUCUCGUCCGACACGCGGUCAAUGGGCAUCAUUGUCGAGCACGUCGUCACUGAACGGAUUCUGCUCCUCGUGAAGGGCGCCGACGAGCAGGUGGGUUCGAUGUUGCGGCAUCCUUUGCGGGAGACGCACCCGGAUAUGGUGAAGCAUCUUAGGGUGUACGCGAAGAGUGGACUUAGAGUGCUGCUGUUCGCGGAGCGGGAGUUCACGCGGACGGAGCUGGAUCUUUUUCUCUUUCGGCAACACCAGGCUGAGCUCGACCUCGUCGAGCGUCAGUUGGGCAUUGAUGCGAUUCGAAAGGAGAUAAUGUCUGAUUUAAUCCCAUCAGGCAUUACCGCCAUAGAAGAUAAGCUCCAGGAGAAUGUUCAGGCGACGAUCGAUAUGAUGUUGAAGGCGGGCAUUAAGGUCUGGAUGCUCACGGGCGAUAAAAUGGAGACUUCAGAGCAGAUUGCGCUUUCCUGUGGGUUGUAUAAACCGCACCACCGCGUUAUUCGUAUAGUGGAGAGUAGCGAUUCAAAUGAGGAUUGGGUGAAUAAUCUCAUCUCAAAUGACUUGAUUCCCGUAGCUUCACCCACUUAUUCCUCUCCCAUAUCCUCCGCCUUCAAGUCAGCUGAGGUGCUAAUUGUGCAAGGGGAGCGCGUUCUGGAUCGUAUUCUUUCGGAUAAGUUUCUUACGGAACGUUUUGAGAGGCUAGCCUCGUGCUGCUUGAGCGUCGUCUGCGUGCGUAUGACACCUAGGCAAAAGGCCGCGAUUUGUCAUUUUAUGCGAAAACGUGGCCAUAUCACGCUUGCUGUUGGUGACGGCGGCAACGACGUGUCAAUGCUGCAGGAAGCAAACGUUGGGGUAGGAAUUCUUGGAAAGGAAAGCGCGCAGGCCGCCCGCGCCGCUGACUUUUCCAUUGCUCAAUUUGACGACCUACGAUCUUUAGUAUUCUUCCAUGGCCAGCUUGCUUACGUCUGUACCGCCUAUUUAAUCAAGUAUAGUUUUUACAAAUCCAUGUUGAUUGCCUUUACCCAGCUCGCAUACACGGCAGUGUUUACUCGUUACUCCGGAAAGAGCUUCUGGACUAGUUUUAUGUUGCUCAUGUGGAAUGGGGUUUACACGCUCCCGCACACCCUGCUCUAUUGUCUUGAUCGUUGCGCACCGCGGGUGGUGCUGGAGCGCUUUCCAUCACUGUACAAUCUCACCCGUAAAGGGGCGGAUCUGAACUUCAAAGAGCUCUUUUGUUCCUACCUAUUUAGAGGAAUUCUACAAUCCGUCAUCCUGCUUUGGUUAUUAACAAAUGUCUUCGACAGUAGUUUUGUGUUUGCGCAGGGUGGGGAGACAGCAUCUUCGGAGAUUUACUUCACCGCGGCCUACACUAGUAUAUUACUUUCUCAGGUCAUUAUGAUCUACACGGAGUCGCACUCUGUGACAAUUUUAAACCUGCUUGUAGUGUUUUUUUUACCUGUUUUUUACCUGAUUAUAACCUUCAUUGAUUCGGAGCAUUCUUUCGAUUCUCAUAUUGGAGUGUUUACAAGAACUUUGCGCCCCCAUUACAUAAUUGCAGUGAUGGCGAUGACUGCUGCGCUAACGAUGCCGUGGGUUGUGUUGAUGUGCCUGCGCGAUUUUAUGCACCUCAACCGCAGAAAUAUUUUGCGAGCCGAGGCGUUGUCUAAGUGCAAACAGCUUUUGAAGUGUGAUGAUGUUUACAAAACCAAGCUUGAAAUCUGGCUUUAUCGCCUUUUGGGCUUUUUGCCAGAGCCAGAAAGCUUAUAUCUUUCUGAAAGCGAUAAUGCCCUCCUCCCAAAGGAAACUGAAAAGGCUGUUGAUGAAGACUCCUACGCCGAUUCACGAGAAAAGGAGAGAACCAAUUACGAAGAGUUUGGAAGGAUACUUAUUUCACCGAAGGCUAAAGUGGCGCCCACAAUUUGA